AUGCUGCUGCUGGGGGUGAUGCUGCUGCUGGGGGUGAUGCUGCUGCUGGGGGUGGUGGUGGUGGGGGGGGUGGUAGUGGUGGUGGUGGUGGUGAUUUACCUCCGCCGGUCUCGAGCGCUAGAACGGAAGGAACCAAUAAACUACAAUGACCACUGCGAUACAUCUUUUGCUUCUCCUGCUGCUGCUGCUGCUCCUGCUGCUGCUGCUGCUGCUGCUGCUGCUUCUCCUGCUGCUGCUGCUGCUGGGGAGCAGGCAGAAGCCUCGUUGCUGCCGCUGCCGAUCCAGCAGAUUGCUGCUGCUGAUGCUGCUGCUGCUGUUGUGGGGCCGCCUGCAGCAGAGUUGUUUAGUGCAGCAGCAAGAAGCUUACCUGCUGCUGCUGCUGCUGCAGCAACUGCAGCAGGAGCUGCUGCUGCUGCUCUCCCCUCUCGCAAGAACAAACCACCAACUACCACCAACAGCAGACUAGAAGCACUGAGGACAGCACUUGCUGCUGCUGCUGCAGCAGAUGAGGGGCUCGAUGCUGCAGCAGCAGAAGAUGCAGCAAAGGAGGAAGCAGAGAAAGAACCUGCUGCUGCAGCAGCACGAGCUGCUGCAGCACGAGCUGCUGCAGCAAGAGCUGCUGAAGCAAGGGAGGUCGCACGGGUGCGGGCUGCUGCUGCUGCUGCUGCUGCUGCUGCUGCUAAAGAGGCAGCAGCAGCAGCAGAGGAAGCGGAGGCAGCUGCAGCAGAAGCAGAGGCUGCUGCUGCUAGGCUGCUGGAUGGUUGA